ACGCAAGGCGCCGUUCGCACUUCGCACGCAAACCCCUCCUCUCCUCUGCUGACCCCUCCUCUCCUGGUCUGGAUUCCACCAAGCCGUGUCCACCAACCGGCCACCACCCCCGCUGCCGGCUCGCACCUCUCUGCGCCGUGCUCAGAUUUGCCCCCCUCUGCCUGCCUGCUUCUACUACCUGCUGACACGGCGGUGCGGGUCGUGCUCGGUGGACGCCAGGGGGCUACCCCUACCCGGGAUCCAGGAUCGUGCUGUCUGCUCGCCCUCUCCUGCUCCUUCAAUCCCAUCGGAGAUCCGUGCUGGCGUUUCCUCCCGAUGUGUUCAUUUUCAAGUAUUUUAUCGCUUUGCCAGAAAUCUUUUUUAUGAUGACUUAAAAUGUCUGUAGCAUAUUAAUCACAAUUUUUAGACUUGUGCUCCGUCACUACAUAUGCCAGACAUAUAUUGAAGCUCAUGCAGCUCCUAUUCUCAAACCCAGUUUCAGCGCCCAAUUGUUUGGUUUGAAGAAAUCAAGUUCAGAUGGGCUCCAUUCUAAGUGCUACUAGUACUACGGCUAAGUCUAUGGAUCAGCAUGAGGCAUCUGGAACAGAUCCUAAUAAGAGGGUGAAGAUAUCUACUUAUGAGUAUGGGUCAAACCCAAGGAUAAUUCCAACUCUUCCUGAUGAGCUCUCACUCCAGAUCCUGGCAAGGUCACCACGGAUCCAUUACCUUAACUUGAAGCUGGUUUGCCGAGCCUGGAAGGCAGCAAUCAUCGGCUAUGAACUUUCCCAGCUGAGGAGAGAGCUUGGUGUAAGUGAGGAAUGGGUGUAUGUACUGACCAAGGCUGAGGCAUACAAGCUCCAUUGGUAUGCCCUGGAUCCAGUGUUUCAGAAAUGGCAGAGGUUGCCACCGAUGCCUUCUUUCGUCAAUCAGGAGGAAUCCAAUCGGACAGCAUCUUCGGCGUUCUGGAUGUGGAAUGUUGUGGGAUCAAGCAUUAGGAUUGCUGAUUACGUGAGGGGCUUAUUUUGGCGCAGGAACAGUUUGGACCAGAUGCCCUUUUGCGGUUGUUCAGUGGGUGUUGCUGAUGGUUACUUGUAUGUCAUUGGCGGUUUUUCCAAAGCUGUUGCCCUGAAUCGCGUUUGUAGAUACGACCCUUUUCUCAAUUUGUGGCAGGAAGUGAGCCCAAUGAUGACUGGGCGGGCUUUCUGCAAGGCGGCAUUUUUGAAUGGCAAGUUAUAUGUAGUUGGUGGAGUCAGCAGGGGUCGGAAUGGCUUGCUUCCCCUGCGUUCAGCUGAGGCGUUCGACCCUAAAACUGGAUUGUGGAGCGACCUACCAGAAAUGCCUUUCGCAAGAGCGCAGGUACUCCCCACUGCUUUCUUGGUCGAUGUGCUGAAGCCUAUCGCCACAGGAAUGGCACCCUACAAGGGAAAGCUGUAUGUCCCUCAGAGCCUGUACUCAUGGCCAUUCUUUUUUGACAUUGGAGGUGAGAUCUACGACCCAGAUCUGAAUGCCUGGUCAACGAUGCCGGAUGGUCUCGGCGAUGGAUGGCCAGCCAGACAGGCAGGCACAAAGUUGGGUGUUGUGAUCGAUGACAGACUUUACACGCUAGAGCCUUCCAGCUCUUUGGACAGUGGUAAGAUAAAAAGAUACGACUCCGAGGAGGACGCAUGGGUAACUAUCACCCCACAAGUUCCAGUUAAUGAUUUCACUGGUGCAGAGGCCCCUUAUUUACUCGCUGGCCUCGGUGGAAGGCUCCAUGUUAUAACAAAGGCGGCGAACAACACUCUUCAAGUUAUGCAGGCUGUGGUGCAGAAUAACUCGGUAUCUGAAGAAAAUGUGGUAUGGACAACAGUGGCUUCUAGGAACUUUGGGACGGCUGAGCUUGUCAGCUGCCAGGUUCUAGAUGUUUAAAAUGUGGGUCGCAAGUUACGCUUUGUAGAGGAUAUAGUAUGCCAUAGACCAACGAUUUAGCCAAGAAAAAUAUUACAUAGUUUUUGCUUUGUGUGUGUGUGGAACAAGAGUUCAAUUUGACGUGGAGGGAGAUCAAUUACAGAUAUUCAGAUAUGUAUAACUGUAUAAGCUAACUCAUUUGCUGGGACACUGUGUAUAGACAUACGAUCGACGUGUUAAUGUACAGUGCUCAAUUCUAGUUUCCUUUUUUUUUAAAACAUGUUUCUGAUCCUUAACUUUUCGGAGAUCAUUUAUUACA